AUGGCCGCGGGCCAGCUGCGCCUGCUCGCCGUAGGCCGCCGCCGCCGCCUCUGCUGCGCCCAGCGCCAGCCGCAGCUGGGCUGCUUCCAGCUGCUCGGCAGCCACCCGUCGCUGCAGCUGGUCCACCUCCAGCUGCUGCCCCAGCCCGGCGCCUCUGAGGGGCUGCCUCCAGGCGUGAUGCGUGCCCGGGAGCCGCUGCCGCCGCCGAGCGAGGCGCCGGCAGCGGCGCCGGCACUGCCGUCGUCUGCCGCGCCGGCGGCGGCGGUGGUUGGCUGGUCGGCUGCCAUUCGACCGCCCUGCACAUCCUCAAGUCACAUGGAUGCGGAUGAGCAGCAUCGCAUUGCAGUUUUGGUGGAGCGAAUUUGCAGCAAACGCAACCCGGCACUGGACGGCGGCCUGCUGGCCCAGAUAAAGGCGUUGUGCAAGCAGGGAGGGGACCCGCGUGUGAUUGCCGCCUGGCAGGCACUAUGGGGGCAGCUGCGGGCGCCCCACUCCCAGACUCGGCUGCUGGCCCUCCUGGUCUGCGAGCAGCUGUUCCAGCGCAGCCGAGCCUUCCGCCUCGCCCUGCUGGCCAAGCUGAUGCAGGCAAGGCGCCGCUUCCUGGCACCAGCGCCAUGCAGCCACCCGCUGCCAGCAGCCGACUGCGGUGCCGCCGCCAAUGCAAGCUCCCUGGCACACACCAGCCAGCCCUACCGUAUGCUCACCCAGUCUCCUCAUCUUCUCACUUCUGUGAAGUUCCUGGAGGCUGUGCUGGGGGUGACCAGCGACCGGCCGCUGCCGCCGCCGCCAGAUGCGGCCACCUCCCUUCGGGAGAAGGCUUUGGAAGUGGUGGAGGGGUGGGAGCUGCCUCUGGCGGUACGUUACCUGCGGGACACCCUGCAGUGCCGGUUCCCCGGUACCGCCAGCUCCCGGGCGGCUGCCGCAGAGGCGCAGCGCGCCGCGCGCGAGCGGCAGCAGCAGCUGGCCCUGCGGCAGCGCCUGGCGGCGAUGCUGGGGGGCAGCGACGCAGGGCCGGGGGAAUGGCAGGAGGGGAGCAGCGCGGCGCGGCAGCUGCUGGCAGAGAUGCAAGAGUGCUUUGCCAUCCUGGAUGAGCAGCAGCAGGACCAGCAGCAGCGGCCACAUCCGGAGCAGGCGCAGCAGGAGGCAGCAGCAGCAGCGGCAGAGGCGGAUGGCAUGCAGUGGGAGGAUGUCGCAGCGGCGGAGCCCGCGCCUGCCGGCGAGCGGGACCCAGGGCUGGCAGAGGGGCUGGCAGCGUACGGGGCGGGGCAUGCGCCUGAUGCCGAGGCGGCGGGCACAAGUGCAGCGCAGCCUGAUGGCGGCAGUGGCGGCGGCGGCGGCGGCGGCGGCGGCGGCGAUGCUGACAUGGACGUCGUACUGGAGACGCUGGCAGGGCUGUACCGCCAGCUGACCAACCGCACGCUGCCUCAAGUCCAGGAGUGGCUGGGGGUGCUGGGGCGGGUGGAGCCCGAGGGCGCAGCCCAGGAGCAGCAGCGGCAGCAGCUGCUGCGCGCCGCCACCCAGCUGCGCGGGCAGCUGGCAGCUGCCAAGGCGCGGUGCGAGGCCUCGGACCUCGACCUGCAAGCCCUGCUGCUGCAGCGCCGCCGCCGCCAGCGCGAGCAGCAGCAGCAAAGCGAGGGCCAGGCCGGGGAGGCGGAUGCGCCGGCUGUGGCGACGGCCCUGCAGGAUUUGUUUGGCGGCAGCGGGAGCGAGGGCGAGGAUGAUGGUGAGGGCAGCGGCAGCGGCGAGGGGGCGCUGGGCAAGCAGCGGCAGCAGCAGCAGCAGCAGCGGAAUCGACGGCACUCGGGGCAGCGCGACGCUGCGGCUGGGCGCUCGAGCCAGCGGCAGCAGGGGCGGCAGGAGGAGGAGGAGGAGUGGGAGAGCCCUUACCUGCGAAUCGUGGACCCCGCCGCUCCCCGGCCCCGCCCCCAGGCAUCCGACGCCGCUGGGCAGCAGCGGAAGCAGCAGGAGGCGCGCGGCGACCGAGCGGCAGCUGCCGCGGCACGGCGGGAGAGCAGCCUGCCCGAGGAUGUCAGGAAGAAGCUGGCUGCGCAGGCCCCAGUGCUGCCCUCAGGCACGCACACCAUCUUCUGGGACAGCCAGGCGGAGCUGCCGCAGGAGCGGCUUGAUGAGCUCUUCAUGAUUCCCAUGCCAGCCAGCCGGCAGGCGGCGCAGCAGCAGCAGGCGUAUCAGCAGCACGCCGAGCGGCGGCGGCAGCAGCAGGAGCAGCAGCAGCAGCAGGAGCAGGAGCAGGAGCAGCAGCAGCGUGGCACACCAUCAGUGGCGCAGCAGUGGCCGAGCCGGCAGGGGGGCGGGGCUGGCGCAGCAGACGAGGCGGGUCCGUCGUCGCAGGGAGCGGCAGCGGGGCCCAGCACGAGCGAUGGCCGCGCCGGCAAGAAAGCGCGGCGGGCGCAGGAGCGAGCUUACAACGAGGCCGUCAUUGGAGGGGCGGAUCGGGAUGAGGCGCUGGCACGGCAGCUGCAGGACGCAGAGGGGCAGCCGCAGGGGGCCGAGGGCGGCGGCGGGGCGGCGCGCGGAGGGCGGGGGCGAGGCAAGAAGAUGGGCGUCAGGAAGCGGCUGGCCCAGAAGCUGCUGCGCGGGUCGGCGGUGGCGGCGGCGGUGGCAGACGCGACGCUGGCGGAGAGCGAGGCGCGGCGGGACAAGUUUGGGAAUCGGUGGUGA